AUUUCUUCUUCUCCUCCUCACAAACCGUGCGCGUGUUUGUGUCUUUCCUUUAUUUGUUAUCGUCGUCGUCGGUUGGAAGUGUUUUUAUUUAGUUUUUAUUUAGUUUUGCAUUUCGCUGCUUGGGUGCGAGGUUUGUUAAAGUCUUUGGUUUAGCGGGAGCAUGGGAGAUGAUUUAGUUGGAUGUGAUGACUCCACCAGACUAUGCAUUGGCGAAGGCAAGAUCAUCUCCAAGUCAGAUCUCAUGGCCCAGUUGAGGAUUUAUAACUGUUAUCAUGAAGGAAAGACUUUACAACUGCGGUACAGAGAGGAUGAUGGUCAACUGAUCAUCGAAGGCCUGCUGAACAUUGCGUGGGGUCUGCGACGGCCCAUUCGCUUGCAGUUACACGACGACAAUGAACGAAUUCACAUCCCUUCACCUCCAGAAGCAAAGGACCCGGGGAAGCUGCCUAAGAGGCGGGGCAUGGCAUGCUGGGUGGUAACAGAAGAGAAAAAGGAAGAUAUUGUUGAUAAAUGUGAAUUGCCUACCAAAACCCAAAAAAUGAAUGAUGUGGAAGACUCUUUGCCAGUGGAGAAGGAGCUCGAGUUUGAGCCAAGGCUGCCACGCACCAAAAGCGACGCCAGCUGUUUCCUCCGUCACAGCGUGAACAGACGGUCGGCAGCUGACAUGCAGCGUUUGCGAAGGAACCGUUUCUCAAUCAACGGACAUUACUACAACCACAAGACAUCUGUUUUCACACCAACCUAUGGCUCUGUAACAAGUGUGAGAGUAAGCAGCAAUAUGACUUCUCCAGAGGUGGUGUCAUCUCUGCUGUACAAAUUUAGGGUGGAAAACAACUCAAGCGACUUUGCAUUGUACAUAGUUCGAACCACCGGAGAAAAGCGGCGCCUGAAAGUGUCGGAGUUUCCACUGAUCACGAGGAUCCUGCACGGACCCAGCGAGAAGAUAGCCAGACUCUUCCUCAUGGAGGAGGAUCUGGGCGAGGAGGUCACGCAUGAUGUGGCGCAAUACAUCCAGUUUGAGAUGCCAGUCCUGGAGAGUUUUGUGUCCAAGCUGAAAGAGAAGAAGUACGGGAGGAAAAUAAACUCAAGAGGAAAUAUGAUGCUUUGCGGUCAGUAAUAGAACAACGACUCCAGGAGCUGUUGGAAGCUGGAAUACAGAUCUGAAAAAUCCCUUUGUAGUCUGCACAAAUUGGCGGUCUUUACACUCGGGUUAUUUUAGCACAAGAAGUCUUCCUUUUCUAGACCAAAAAUAGCUUCCCCUUUUCACGGGAGGCACGUGAACAGACUAUUUUUCUCCGUUGAGCUGUCUUUUUUUUCUCUCAAUGAGCACUUGCUAAAUGUUUCCACGUUUUUCAAAUGUGUCCUUUCAGACACUGAGCUCUCCUUAAUGUUAUAGCAUUGUCACAAUGUUAAUAUCGUAACAUGCAAUAAAGUUAGAAUACAUUAGCAAUAUGUGUACUGUAUUAGAAAUGUUGGGGGGUUUCCAUCGUGAGGGUAAUUACGUGUUAAGGUAUCCUGUUAAUUGUCUAUUUAGUUGAGUUUCUGUCUCUUAUAUAUUUUUAUAUGUAUGGUCUAUGAAGCAAAUAUUUAAAAGGUCUAAAGACGGUUGUAUGAUUUUCAUGAAGAAAACCAUUUUUAAGGUUCAACCUGAAUUAUCUUAACAUUCACUCGUUUUUAUAUGUAUAACAUUUCAGCGACUGGUUUUCAGAUCGUGUUUUUAGGGCAGUGUUUUACUUGAAGAUUACCUCUUGAAAAUCUUGACUGCAGUUAUUGUACUGUGCCACGAGUGGAAUUGAAAUGUGAAUGUUAGCGACAUCAGAUGAAGAAGAUGCGUUGAGCCUGCUGUACAUUUAUUUGUUGCACCAUUUUCCUGAUUGAUUUUUACAUUGAAUUGGUUUGACACAGAAAUUUUGCGAACAGCUUUGCCCGAAAUGUCUAUUUAUAUGUUUCCAAAUUUACUUUUUGUGUACACGUUAUUAAGUGCUUGUUUACACGUAUAAAAGGUACCAUCAUUCCUUGUUGUACGUAUGCAUGUUGAACUUCUUUCGCACCGUACGUAGACAACCCGCGCUAAUCGGAGGUGCAGGAGGUGGACAACAAACUAAACACAAAAAAAACUGUUCUAAAGAAUUCAGUUUUCAAUCUAGAUUUAAAAGUGCAUCGCUCUAGUGACUUCCUAAUAUCAGAAGGAAGAAAUGUGGGAGAGGAGCGAAUGACGGUUGAGAGGAUUCAGGAGGUCUUUCCGCUUUGCGCAGGGGAGCCAGUAUUUAUCAUCUCAUUUCUGUUUUAUAUUGUUGAGGGCCUGUGUAUUUUUGCAACUGACAUGUUGGCUACAUUGAAUAUUUUACAAUACAACUAUGAAUUAAAACUCAUUUUUAUUUGGGUUAAGCCACAAUGAUCUGACCUCUCCACCCGACACGGUCAAGCACCGUAAUUGUCCUGUUUACAAGUGUUCAAACACCCAUCGUUAAUUCAGCUCACUGGCAAGUUGAACAAGCAAUUGGAUACGGCGGUUCAUUUGAAACUACGUCAAACAGGAUUUUGAUGUUGGACACGACCGGGACGUGUAAUUGGUUAUUAAAUUUGAAUUGAAAAUUUUGCUAACGUGGAAAGAUUGAUAAUUGGAAAGCAUAAUUACUGACGGUUGUUUCUCUAUAGUGCUUGUGUUGACUUUUCACACAACUGAUUGCCUAAGCUGUGAUAUACUUGGAUACCAUGUCCUUAAUACCACUUUCUCAUGUGAUAAUGUGUAAUUAUGCACAAUAAUUUUUUUUAUCUACAUUUAUAUUUGCUGUAUAUAUUUUACAUCAAAGUGUAUGUGCAAAAGUUGCAUUUUCAUGACAACUGUGCAAUUUGCCUUUGUGGUAUUGACAUUUUUUGUUUACUGCACGGGGCCUGAAUAAUUUUGCCUUACAUCUUUGCUUUAAUUGCAUUGUUCAAGCAUGAAGCCUUUGGUUAUGUUAUGCACUUCUGUAAGAGAUGGUGAUGGAUCUUGCCAAACAUUUCCAAGCACAUGCUUGAGCUUUUUUUUGUCUUAUUUGUCGCGAAAUAUUUUUCAACAUGUAGAAUAAAAAAUGUGCACUGUCUUUUCAUUAUAAAAUUGCAAUAAAAG